AGCAACUCAGUGCUCCUCAUUGCUCUCCAUGCCUUUUGGCACGAAAUGAGCACUGCGUACCUCGACGAGCUGCUGCGCAAAAAUGCGCGACUCAUCCGCAAAGUAUACACUCGUGCGUCCUUCGUCGAAUACGAGCUGGAUCGUCUGCGCGGGCUACGUGUAGGGCUCGCGCUGGCCGAUGCACCGAGUCGAAAGAGGAGAAGAAGUUCGGAGCAGGUUCUCCAUUCAACCUCGCCUUGCGAGCCGCAGAAUCAAACGGCAGAGCUCAGCCCCGCAUUCGUCGUGGCACUGAAGGCGGAAGUGCAGAAGCACAGGGGUAGAGGAGCUUCCUUUCGUCUCCACAACAAAGCCGAUUGGGAAGAUGUUGCUGCGGCUCUCCACGACGCAGGCCACCACUCCUGGACGCCCUACGAACUUCUGACUGCUUUUAAAAAACUAGGGUCCGCGAGUCGCGUUCUUACGACUGCAGAAAUUCAAACACUGUGCCAGCUGGUCCGAGAAAAAGGCUAUGACUGGCCUGCCAUAUGCAACGGACUUUGGCAACGCUUCGGCCACGAGCUUCAGCCUUUUGAUGUGGCCCAACAGUACCGCUCGUGUAUGCGAUGCGCCUUCGUUCAAGCCCGUCUUACCUCCUCGCAACUGGCGGCGCUACUCGACGGUGACUCGGUAAGUGCGCAACACCGCGAUUACGACCAACUGUCGGUGGAAGCGAAUCGUUUUGUCGCCAACAAAUCGCUGCAGGUGGACCCACGAUGUGUUCAGAAAGAGAUGGAUGCCCUCGCCUUUGCGCGCUACGUUCCUGAUCGCUAUCGUCUCUUUUGGAAAGUGGCGAACCUGCUCUAUCGCCUGCCGCUGCCGUAUCCGUGCCGGCUCGACACCUUCCACCACAAAAUGCCGUUGUGCUAUCAGCAGCUCUCUGUGGAAGACCUGUCGCGGUGCCUCGAAUGCACCGUUGAGGAAUUGAGAAAGAAAGUGGUCGAUCACUUACUGAGCUUGAGUCGCUCACCCGACACCCUCAAUUUUGAGGAGUGCUCCAAGAGGCUCUUUGGCAACUCGACCGCCGCCAGGGUCAUCUAUCAAAUAGCGGAAGAGCUUCAUGAGCGGGGGUCAUGA